GGCAUUUCAUUUCUCAUAUCACUCCAAUUUUCCCGCCUUUGUCUCCAUUUUCCCGCUCUCCCGAACCCUACCUCGCCGGAGAACCCAUGGUUCAGAAACAGCCACCUUCCGCCGAUCCUGUCGUCGAGUCUAAGAAGCGUCGUCGCGUCGGAUUCUCCCCUGCCGACGCUGGUGUGGAGGCCAAUGAGUGCAUCAAAAUUUAUCUCGCUUCCAGCAAAGAGGAAGUGGGUUCCCCUGAAAUUAGCUGCCUGAACCCUGUUGACUUGAAUAGUUUCUUUGAUGAAGAAGGCAAGAUAUAUGGUUACCAAGGCUUGAAGAUAAAUGUAUGGAUCAAUAGCAUCUCAUUUUGUGCAUAUGCUGAUAUCACAUACCAGAGCGCAUCCAAUGGAGCCAAAGGCGUUACAGACCUCAAAUCCGCUCUGCAGAAAAUAUUUGGCGAGACUCUUGUUGAUAGUAAAGAUGAGUUUCUGCAAACCUUUUCAACAGAGAGAGAUUUUAUGAGAAAAAUUGUCUCGAGAGGAGAGAUAUUGCAACUGAAAGCAAUAAAUGGAAGUACUGAUCGUUUGAACAAUAUUUCUGGAGUGCCUCCUUCUGAUCUUGAGGUUGUCCGGAUGUCAAUUGACUCGUCAAAUGCUGGACUACUUUAUAGCCGACUUGUACCCCUUGUUCUUCUUUUCAUUGAUGGCAGCAGCCCGAUUGAUGUCACUGAUCCUGACUGGCAGUUGUAUCUCUUAAUUCACAAGAAAGAGGAAAAGGAGGAGUGUUUGUAUCGACUUGUAGGCUUUUCGGCUGUUUAUAGAUUUUACCGUUAUCCUGACAGGUCAAGGAUGCGACUCAGCCAAAUCUUGGUGUUGCCGACCUGUCAACAAAAAGGAUAUGGUAGCUUCCUCGUGGAGGCAGUGAACAAUGUAGCGGUUGCAGAAAACUUUUAUGACCUGACAGUGGAAGAGCCAUCUGAAAACUUCCAACAUAUACGCACUUGCAUUGACAUAAACCGUCUGAUUGGUUUUGAUCCAAUCAAACCAGCCAUUGAUUCGGCCGUCCAAACGCUAACACAGGGAAAGAUCUCGAAGAAAGCCCAAGUCCCACGGUUCAUCCCGCCUCCGAGUGCGAUAGAGAAAGUCCGGGAAAGCCUGAAGAUAAACAAGAAACAGUUCCUCAAUUGCUGGGAGAUUCUGAUAUAUCUUGCUCUGGACCCAAUAGACAAGUACAUGGAGGAUUACACCAUGAUCAUCGCCAACCAUGUGAGGGCGGAUGUGCUUGGAAAAGAUUUGGAAACUCCAGGGAAACAAGUGGUAGAUGUUACUAGCUCGUACGACCCCGAAUCAUCAUUUGUCAUGUUCAAGUCACUCGGCGGUGGAGGGGAAACCGGUAGUAAUAUUCAGACAGAGAAGAACCAAACCGAUCAAGAACAGCAACUGAAGGAAUUGGUAGAGGAAAGGAUCAGAGAGAUCAAGCUGGUCGCAGAGAAAGUGUCUCCGAGGUAAUCAAAACAGUGUCUAAGGUUUGACCAAAAGCUUUUGUAAUGGAUUAGACCAGAAUCUCUGACCUUUCAUUAAGUAUAUUUUAGUCUGUAUUAGUUUGUCGGAAGCGGACAAUUCAUCGAGUUGUAGAGCUUCUUCUUCGGUGCUUUUAACAGCUUGUUCAUGUUCUGCGGAUCGAUCACUUCCAAUUUUCUAUC